ACUGUUUGCUAGAUAUCUGGUCCCUCUGUGUCAUCAAACAAAUUAACCAGCCCACUCAGGCCAAGCCCUGGGCAAGUAGAACAUCAUGUCGUGUACCGAGCAAGAGCUGAGCACCCAGGACAUGCUUCAGGGCCACAUCGAUCUCCACCACCACCUGUACGGCUACCACAAAUCCAUGGCGCUUCUCUGCGCCACUGAUCUUGGAAUCCCUGGCGCCAUCCACCGCCGUGGAGGCGCCGCCACAAUCUCCGAUAUCGUCGCCGACACCAUGAUCCCCCCGGCCAAGCUCCCGCACCUUCGCCGGCUCAUGCGCGUGCUCUCCGUCUCCGGCAUAUUUGCCGUUGAAGAAGACGUCUACAAGCUCACCCCGGCAUCUCGCAUCCUCGUCGGUGAUAAGGCCUCGUGCAACUUCUCCCCUCUGGUUCACCUCGUGGUGAGCCCUGCGAUGCUCACCACAUUCUCCAGCCUAAGUCCGUGGUUCAGGGAUGGACGAAACGCCAGCCCAACGGCGCUCUUCGAGAUGGCUCAUGGCAUGCCACCGUGGGAGAUGAUGAAGAGGGACGACACGAUGAACUCGGCCCUCAACGACGCGUGCGUCGCCGACAGCAGCUUCCUCAUGGAGAUCGCGCUAAGAGAGCGCGGUGAUGUCGUCUUCCGAGGGCUUAGAUCGCUGGUCGAUGUCGGCGGCGGCCAUGGAGGAGCCGCGAUGGCCAUCGCCAAGGCGUUUCCGGACAUCAAGUGCAGCGUGCUUGACCUCCCACAUGUGAUCAGCCAGGCACCCGACGAUGGCACGGUGUGUUUUAUCGCUGGCGACAUGUUUGAGGAUAUUCCUCCAGCCGAUGCGGUUUUACUCAAGCAUGUUUUGCAUUGCUGGGAUGCGGAUGACUGCGUUAAGAUAGUUGGGCAGUGUAAGAAAGCAAUUCCUGUAAGAGGUGAUGGAGGGAAAGUGAUACUGAUAAAUCCGGUAAUUGGGUAUGGGGUGAAACAGGACAGUACUCUCAAAGAGACAAGUGCUGGCUGAUAUGAACAUGAUAGCUAUAGGAGGGGCGGAGCGAGAGGAGCAUGAAUUUAAAAAGAUUUUCUUGGACGCUGGUUUCAGUGAUUACCGAAUCAUGCCCGUCUUAGGUUUGAUGUCCAUCAUUGAAGUCUAUCCGUGAAACUAUUACACUCCGGAAAUGGGCUCAAUUAAAAUAAGCAUGAAGAUCAUAUCAAGCUAAUAAAAAAUUGUGUAUCGUAAACUUGAGUCGACAAUCAUAUAUCAUGCAGCUAUUUACCAACUUCGGGUAAAAAUUCACCAAUAUUUCCUCCGUUUCACAAUGUAAGUCAUUUUAGCAUUUCCUAUAUUCAUAUUAAUGUUAAUGAAUCUAGAUAGAUAAAUAUGUCUAGAUUCAUUAUCAUCAAUAUGAAUGUGGAAAAUGCUAGGAUGACUUACAAUGUGAAAUGGAGGGAGUAGAAUUUAGUAGUUGUGAGGGUUUUACCUUGUUUGGUUUUUGUUAGUUUGCUUCUAUUUUUGGUUUUGUUAUUUUUGCUACAUACUCACUGUUUGAGUUUGCUUUUGUGUGAACCUUAUAAUAAAUGGCUGUGAUUCUUGA